UCCCCGUCGCCCGUGUUGAGCUAAGCCAAGGCACUCGCCAGGCACCGUAUCCAAGUCGCCAAUGCUGCAGACGUCCUGAAGCGCGACAUCCCCGACAGAGCAGGAGAGAGCGAGAGCAAGCGAGAGAGAGAGAGCGCGCCCGACGCAGCACGAGACCGGCCGUCAUGGCAUACCAACAAGCAGGUGGCAUGCUCAACAAUGCUGCGAAUGCCGCGCAAUCCAACGAGCAGCAUGGGCCUCAGGGUGCCGAAUACACGUUGCAGGGCGUUAUGCGCUUCCUCCAGAUCGAAUGGCACAACCACGAGCGAGCCCGAAACGCAUGGGACAUUGAACGAGCCGAGAUGAAGGCCAAAAUCGCAAAGCACGAGGGCGAAUCUCGCCAUGCAAAGAGAAUCAACGAGCAGCUUGAACGACAAGUGCGUAUGCUGGAAAGUGCCCUCAAGCAGGAGCGGAGGAAGAAGGGCAGCGACCCCAGUGCGCCCCUGCAGCCAGACAAUGCCCCGUCGACAUCUGCCAGACCAUCCCAUGAAGUCCGCAACUCGUUCCUUGAUACAACGCCAGACAAGCAACAAUACCGCGACAAGUCCAAGAAGUUCCUUGACCGAUGUCUCAACGAAGUCCAGUAUCUGCUGACUCCCCCGUCGCACCCUCCGCCGCCCCAUAUGUCCAUGCAGAACCCCUCGGCUUCCUAUACCGGUCUACCCGACCCUCCUGUCUCGCUUGAUGAGCUCUACCUACGCCGCGCUCAAAGACCUUACCCGCCUUCGAACCACGUCCAGUUACAGCCCCCGGUCAACCUUUCCGCUGAAGAGCAGAAGCGUCAUUUAGCUCUGUCCAUGCCUCCUGCACAACCUCCUACUCAGACCCUGCCUCAGCCACCGCAAUCUCAGUCUGUGUCUCUGGACGAGCCUGUAGAGCAGGUCACGCAUUCUUAUGAUUCUUACGGUCGCCCUGUCGCUUCAGCUCAGGACGCUGCUCCCCGUUCAAUUGUCACUCAGGACUCAGCGACUGAUGGCUGGAAUUUCGAUGACCAGCAACCUCUACCCGAACAACCUCUUGUCGAACUACCUCAGCCUCCCCGAAGGCCCGACACCGAUUUGUUCCCCAGUGCAGCAAAUCCUCCUUCGAGGUCUCCACCACGUACCGGUUCUGGCCGUCGCAGGUCGUCAGGUUCACAGGGCAUGGCUAGACGAAGAAGCUCCGGCUCCCACGACCUCCACGAUAGCGGCUCAGAGUUGGCCGCAAAAACCGACCCCUCUCAGUUCAAGGUCAAGUUUGCACUCCGUGGUCAUCUUGAUGUCGUCCGCUCCGUCAUCUUCACGGGUGGUGGCAGCCCCUCCGAGCCCGAGAUUUGUACUGCUGGCGAUGAUGGCACCAUAAAGCGCUGGAUCAUACCUGCCAGCUAUACCAACUUCCAGAACAAUUCCAACAACGACCUCGACAUAGCUUGCUACUUCACGCAUCGCGGUCACGAUGGAGUGGUGACUUCCCUUGCUGCUUGCCCCUCGACUAGCUUUUCCACUGGAGGCCGUGUUUCUGGAGAUGGUUGGAUCUUUUCUGGCGGUCAAGACGCGACGGUGCGUGUCUGGGAGCGUGGGCGCGUGGAUCCGAAGGCUACUCUGGAAGGUCACACGGAUGCUGUCUGGACCGUAUGCCUCCUCCCCGGAACUGUUGCAUCCGUAUUCGGCUCUCAAAGCUCAAACUUCGGCGGCCCAGACCGUAUCCUACUCGCCACGGGCUCUGCAGACGGCACUGUCAAGAUCUGGUCCGUCAGCGCUCCCCCGCAGUUGGUAUCGCCGCAAGCAGGCUCGAGACGUGGUGGAAGCCGUCGUCACUCUGUCACAUCUGGAAGUAACCAUCCCAGUUCUCCACAGCCUAACGUGGCCACAAGCACGCCUUUCCACUACACACUGGUACACAGCAUUCAACGGGAGUCUGCUUCAGGUGCAGCACCUACUUGCAUUUCUCCUUUAAGUCCAUCUGGCGAGAACUUUGUCGUAUCAUACACCGAUUCGAGCGUCCUCAUUUUCGACACACGAACCGGCGAGGAAAUCAUCGGAAUGGCCAGUAAUGAGACUUACGACGGAACGCUGGCUACAAGUAUCAACGCUGUAGUUGCUACCAGCAGCGCAUCGCUUGGUUUGGAGACAGGAUCCUCAUACAUGGAAAGGGCAGAUCAAGAGGAAUCUGUAGGCGCGGGACCAACGGGCUCAGCGCAAGGCGUCGAGGGUGUAAUUGUCAGUGGCCACGAAGAUCGAUACAUAAGAUUCUUCGAUGCAAACAGUGGACAAUGCACGUAUACUAUGCUUGCACAUCCUUCAGCCAUCUCGUCACUCUCGUUAUCCAAGGACGGUCGGGAGGCAGUGUCAGCCGGCCAUGACGCAUCGAUCAGGUUCUGGUCACUCGAGAAGAGACAAUGCACGCAGGACAUUACAUCACACCGACCCAUGAGAGGCGAAGGUGUGUGCAGUGUGGUGUGGAGCCAGGACGGAAGAUACGUCGUUAGCGCAGGAGGCGAUGGAGUGGUCAAGGUGUUUGCGCGAUAGCGUCACCGUAAAUCGGCCAUGGAAUCGAUCAAGCUGAAGAUAGCCAAUUCAUUCUUGGAGGAC